AUGAAGCCUGUCGUGUUCCGAAUUUUGUUCCUCGCUGCCGCUGCCGCCUUGGCGGGCGCAGACGACAACGACGAUGCCACGGCCACUUCUACGACGGCUUGCGCCGCGCAGAAUAUCCUCGACACUUGUCUCUUCACGACCGAGAGCUAUGUCAGUCUUUGCGAGACGACCGAUUAUAUAUGCUUGUGCGACAAGUAUAUUGCCAUCAUGACCUGCUUCUACAACUGUCCGAACGACCCCCGGGAGUCGAGCUACCAACAAACAAAAGAUCUCUAUUGCACGGACGCCAGCUUGUACGGCACCGCGACCGCCAACCGCACCAUCAGCAUCGAGGACGUCUCGGCUACCUCGUCCGCGGAGGCGACCACGACUGGCGAGGGCGUAAAAAGCGCCGACUUCACUUCGGCGACGAGCACCGCCUCGCCCACCCGUAGCGGCAACGGCGCCGGCGAGAUGGUGAUUCACGCCGGGGGCAAGCUUGCCGCACUCGUAGGAGUUGCUGCGUAUUUCCUAUAGGGUCGCUCGCUCAGUCACUCAGUCACUGUCACUCGCCUACACUUCCGUUCAAAGCACCAAAGUUACGAGUAAAAAAAAAAAAGAAAAAAGAAAAAAAAAUGGAAUUAGGACAGUCGAUCCCCUUUUGUCCUUUUCAUAUGUAUUCCUAUUAUUACGGCGAUAUAUGACAAUUUCUAGGCUGUUGCGAAUAAGAUGUACUCAGAUAAGUUGAAGAGGAGGUGGAAUGGAAGGGAAGGGAGGCGAAGGAGAGGGGGGGGGUUUAAUACGCACCUAGCAUACUGCGAUGUGUCCCCUUUUCUGAAUAGGUUUUUUCUUUUUUUCUUUGUCUUUUUUUUACCCCUGAUUUCAUGAUGUACUCGACGUGCUGUUUUAUUAAAUUCAGGCGUU